AAAACCAGAGGACACACGGUUAUCUGCUUUGUUGCUGAAAGUGGGAAGUGGGAAAAGGAUGGUUCUCAGAUUCAGAUCACAACAGGGUUUGACAGUCCCGUUUCUACAAGGUGCCGAUCUUUGUGUGAUUUCCCACUUUACAGAGAGCUGAGCAGGGUAGCCCACUGCCUAGGCAUGUUCAGGUGCUGGAUAAACAAGUAACUGGGCAAUUCCUGCUUUGGAGCAUACAUCUGACUCUGCUGCAGCCCGUGUAAUGACAGGCUGGCUGGCCACCGUUAACUGGCACUGAUUCUCUUGCCUGGUCCCUCCUCGAUUGCCAGCGAAGGAGAUUUAAAAAGCUCAGGAGCUUUAUGAGUAUUUGUCAGAGCUCUGUGCACCCCCUGCUGAGAUUACCCAUGGUUGUUUGCCAACAAAUCACAUUGCUUACGGAAAGUCUCUUUGCUUUUUGGAUUGUUUAGAAGAGAGAAGAAUGAAAGAAGAAAGGAAACUAAAACAAUGGCGAAAAAGCAAUCAGACCAGAAAAUACCACAUGGAAAGAUCAAGAUGGCUGAAAAAGAUUAUGAUGGUGAACAAAAGAAGGGCAACAUUGAUGAAAACAGGCCACAAACCAGUGGUUACAGGAAGACUCUAUACACAGAGGUCAAUUUAAGAGAGGAAUCUAACAGCUUAAUGGAUGAAGCCAUGACAACCUCUGAUAUUGAUGAUUCCACACUUGACUUCAAUGGCAAGCCCUCAAACUGUUUUGUGGGACCUGAUUCUAGUGUAGACGGGAUAUGUGAAAGAACAAAACAGCUAGUGAACGAAAUAAAUAAAAGUAGAAUAAAAGAUCAUAAGUUGAUGAGCAACUUUAAGGACACUCUCGUUAUGAAGGUUUCAGAAUUCUCCACGAAGAUAGAAGAAGGCUUGUUUGAAAUCUACAGCAGUGAGAAUAAGUUGAUUGAGGACACACUGCAGGAGCUGUUGACUAUCCUGGAAAGAAUCAGAUGUUUAGAGUCUGAACUUAAACAGACGUGCAAUGCCAUGGCUACAGUCUACAAGGACAUGUGUUCACAGCCAGAAGUCUAAGUCAUAUCUUACAGCAGAAGUUGCUGUGCAGAGUCAGUAUUCAUCUUGUAUUUUCUCCUUUUUUAGAAGAGCUUGGUGUAGUAAGUAAAUUCCUUUGUGGCCACUUGGUUUGUGCUGUGACUUUAUAGUUUUUUUGCAAACCAGUAGUUAGGCUUUGGACCAUAAAAUGGAAGAACAUGCACUCUUCUGAGAUCUAGUUUCUCAACCUUACAGCUAUAUUUAAUUAAUACUCAACAUGAAUUUUUAUGAUGGACAUUGUUUGGCAGGUUUGCCUCUUCUAACAUUUGUAAAAUAAAUUGUAGCUUUGGAAAUUGCUUCAGAUUAGAGUUUGCAAAAUUAAAAAAGUGAAAACAAA